GUGUGUGUGUGUGUUGUGGGGGGAGGGGAAAGGGAAGGAGGAGGCGGCGGCGGCGCCGAAAGGCAGAAGCGGCGGAUCCCCGGAGCAGCCGAGAGCCGUAACGGGGCCGGGAGGCUUCAUCAUACUUAUUUAUUUGUACAUACCUUUUGUAUUUGGAGACAGGCACCGGACCGGGCCCCCUUGCCCUCGUACUGACGGAGGUUUCGGGAAGCGAUGGCGGCGAAUUCCAAUAUGGAGAACCUCCCACCUCACAUCAUUCGCCAAGUGUGGAGGGAGCUGUCCUCCCUCACCAUGGAGCCCCCCGAAGGAAUCAAGAUUUAUACCAACGAGGAAGAUAUCACAGAUCUACAGGCAACAAUCGAAGGCCCAGAUGGAACACCGUACGCUGGAGGUCUGUUUAAAAUGAAGCUGGUCCUGGGGAAGGAUUUCCCAGCCUCCCCACCCAAGGCUUAUUUCAUGACCAAGAUUUUCCAUCCAAAUGUCAGUGCCACAGGGGAGAUCUGUGUGAAUGUGCUGAAGAGGGACUGGAAAGCAGAGCUGGGCAUCAGACACAUCCUGUUGACCAUUAAAUGCCUUCUGAUCCACCCGAACCCGGAGUCGGCCUUGAACGAGGAGGCGGGGCGCCUCCUGCUGGAGGAGUAUGGCGAGUAUGCCUCUCGGGCCCGGCUGCUGACCGAGAUCCACGCGCGGGGGGGUCGGACCCGGGAUGGGCCUGCCAGCGGCCCACCCCCACCCCCCACCUCCUCGUCGUCGUCCUCCUCCUCCUCCUCCUCCUCGUCCUCCUGCGGUGGGAAUGCCGGGAGCUGCCCCCCCUCGCCCUGCGGCGCUGCCCCUCCCCACGAGGGGCCCACGGCUAAGAAACACGCAGGGGACAAGAAACCUCCAGCUUCCGGUCCCUCUGCUCCCGCCGGCUGCAAGAAAAAAUGUGAGAAGAAGAGAGCGCUGCGCAGGCUGUAGGGAGGGGAGGGGAGGGGGGGUGCGCAACACGUCAGCUGGGUCCUUCCCCCCC